UCUCGCACCCAUGGCGCUCAUGACGCUUGCCGAAGCCAAGGACAACGCUGUGUCCCUUGUGUGGUUCAGCAGCCUCCUCCUCCUCUCGCGCGCGGCCUACGACUCGAGCUACAUGCGCGAGUGGGCUGCUACGUACGGCGACGGCGUCGUCAACGUCGUCUUGGGCUCCGCAGCGUUUGUUGCCUUCUGGCUCUUCUCGGCCAUCAUGAUGGUCAUUGACGCGACGCAGCCGGCGUGGGCGCAGCGCUACAAGAUCCAGCCCGACAAGCACGUGACGGGCGAGCAGACGUGGAAGGGCUUCAAGAUUGCCGUGCGCAACCAGUUUCUCGUGUCGCUGCCCAUGUCGUACGUGUGGUUCAACUACGUGCUGCCGGCGCGUGGCGUCUCGCCGAGCGACCCGAUCCCGCCUCUGUCGACGGUCGUCCGCGACUUGGCCGUGUUUCUCGUGUUUGAGGAGAUUAUGUUUUACUACUCGCACCGCCUCUUGCACACCAAGCCGUUUUACGCCAAGUUCCACAAGCUCCACCACGAGUUUACGGCGCCGAUCGGAGUCGUCUCGAUCUACUGCACGAUUCUCGAGAUGGUCGUGUCCAACAUCUUGCCGCUCAUGACAGGACCGACGAUCAUGGGCAGCCACAUUACGACCAUUGCGCCGUGGUUCACCUUUGCCCACGACUGGCACCACGAGAUCUUCAACGAGUGCUUUGGGGUGCUCGGCGUGCUCGACACACUCCACAAGACCAACACCCGCUUCCUUGGCAAGCUGAACCUCAUCGCGUCCAAGGCCAAGAAGGCGUAA